CUUAACGGCCAGUGAAACAGUAGAUAUAGUUACUAAAUAAUGAGUAUCAAUGUUAGGCCUUUUGAUGCAAAUGCUGCUCCACAGGGCUCAAGUUCUGGUGAAAGGAGGACCAUGCAAGAUCAAGAGGAGGAACUGAUACUUACAGCAUGGCGACACAUGUCUACAGUUCUGCACAAGCAUGGUUUCACUGAGGAGCCUCGAUUACCAGGUCCAGCCCAGUCCUUUUUGGCCAGACAAAGGCUGUCCACUCUGAGGCCCAAGUACAAAACCUGAUCACGUGCCCACAGCC